ACUCCUGGACCAUGAGCAGCUCCCUUAACAGGACCAAGAAAGAGGCACCCCCAUCGAGGUGCUGGACUGGAAUCUUAAAGGGACCACUGGAAACAGGACUUUUUCCCGUAGUGAAGCCCCCACCUGAGGGCAGGAACAGGUGCCCCAUCUUCGGGACUUCUCCCAGGUCUGGCCAGCCUGAGCGUGCCUCCCAUGAACAGAGCCGUCCCAGAAGUGUUCCUCGCAGAUGGAGAUGUGGGGCCCCAGGGCCACACUCACCGCUCUCUGUCUGCAGUGGAAUCCAGAGAGCAGCUGGAGGAAGAGGAGGAGGAAGAGGAAGAGGGCAAGGGAAGACAGGAGCCGGAGCCGAGGAAUGUCUUCCAUGAAGUGCCCCUCCGGCGGUCGGGGGCUUUCCGGGCCGAUAGCCGUGGCUACGACCCCUUCAAAAGGCACAGCUGGGGGCCUGGCCAGGACCCACUGAGCAGGAGGCGACUGCAGGCGUCGGGAUGCCCAGGCCCCCAGGAGACCCCCUUACUGCAGAGCCAAGAGGACCUGGACGUCUUUCAGGGACUGCAGCACCAGGGUGGCCAGCCCUCCCGCCCGGACCUUUCAGACUUUCAAUUUCUUCUUGAUUCAGUUUUGGGCCAGGGCUCCUGUCAUCCAUCUGAGGGCUCUUUGGACCACACGACCAGCGGCAUGCUUUCCAAGUCUGUAUCCAUGAGUGGCAUCAAUGGCCUCUUGGACUGCCCCAAUGCAGCUAGGAAUUUAUCUCGGUUCUCUGCCACUGACCUCAGCCAACGCUGUAGCCAGCUGGAAGGGGGCUCGGGCACCUGGGCAGGCUCCUCCCUGCGUCGCACGUUCAGCUUCCUCCUGGGCAUGACGGGAAAGACCAAGACCCGGGAGAAGGAGAAGAUGAAGGAAGCCAAGGAUGCCCGCUACACCAACGGGCACCUCUUCACCACCAUCUCCGUGUCGGGCAUGACCAUGUGCUAUGCCUGCAACAAGAGCAUCACAGCCAAGGAGGCCCUCAUCUGCCCGACCUGCAAUGUGACUAUCCACAACCGCUGUAAAGACACCCUCGCCAACUGUACCAAGGUCAAGCAGAAGCAACAGAAGGCCGCCCUGCUGAAGAACAACACUGCCUUGCAGUCUGUGUCUCUCCGCAGUAAGACCACCAUCCGAGAGCGGCCCAGCUCUGCCAUCUACCCCUCAGACAGCUUCCGGCAGUCCCUCCUUGGCUCCCGCCGCGGCCGCACCUCCCUGUCCUUAGCCAAGAGCGUGUCCACCACCAACAUUGCUGGCCAUUUCAACGAUGAGUCUCCCCUGGGGCUGCGCCGCAUCCUCUCGCAGUCCACGGACUCCCUCAACGUGCGGAACCGGACGCUGUCAGUGGAAUCCCUCAUUGACGAAGGCGCAGAGGUGAUCUACAAUGAGCUGAUGAGUGACUUUGAGAUGGACGAGAAGGACUUCGCAGCUGAUUCCUGGAGCCUGGCCGUGGACGGCAGCUUCCUGCAGCAGCACAAAAAGGAGGUGAUGAAGCAGCAGGAUGUCAUCUACGAGCUAAUCCAGACAGAGCUGCACCACGUGAGGACGCUGAAGAUCAUGACCCGCCUCUUCCGCACGGGGAUGCUAGAAGAGCUGCAGCUGGAGCCCGGAGUGGUCCAGGGCCUGUUCCCCUGCGUGGACGAGCUGAGCGACAUCCACACGCGCUUCCUCAGCCAGCUGCUGGAGCGCCGCCGCCAGGCCCUGUGCCCUGGAAGCACCCGCAACUUCGUCAUCCACCGCCUGGGUGACCUGCUCAUCAACCAGUUCUCCGGCCCCAGCGCGGAGCAGAUGCGGAAGACCUACUCGGAGUUCUGCAGCCGCCACACCAAGGCCUUGAAGCUCUAUAAGGAGCUGUAUGCCCGGGACAAACGCUUCCAGCAGUUCAUCCGGAAAGUGACCCGCUCUGCGGUGCUAAAGCGGCAUGGGGUGCAGGAGUGCAUCCUGCUGGUGACUCAGCGCAUCACCAAGUACCCGGUGCUCAUCAGCCGCAUCCUGCAGCACGCCCACGGGGUGGAGGAGGAGCGCCAGGACCUGACGACCGCGCUGGGGCUGGUGAAGGAGCUGCUGUCCAACGUGGACCAGGACGUGCACGAGCUGGAGAAAGGGGCCCGCCUGCAGGAGAUCUACAACCGCAUGGACCCCCGCGCCCAGGCCCCGGUGCCUGGCAAGGGCCCCUUCGGCCGAGAGGAGCUCCUGCGGCGCAAGCUCAUCCACGACGGCUGCCUGCUCUGGAAGACAGCAACAGGGCGCUUCAAAGAUGUGCUGCUGCUUCUCAUGACCGACGUGCUGGUGUUUCUCCAGGAGAAGGACCAGAAGUACAUCUUCCCUGCUCUGGACAAGUCGUCAGUGGUGUCACUGCAGAACCUGAUUGUCCGGGACAUCGCCAACCAGGAGAAAGGCAUGUUUCUGAUCAGCGCGGCCCCUCCCGAGAUGUAUGAGGUGCACACAGCGUCCCGGGACGACCGGAGCACCUGGAUCCGUGUCAUUCAGCAGAGCGUACGCGUGUGCCCCUCCAGGGAGGACUUCCCCCUGAUUGAGACGGAAGAUGAGGCUUACCUACGGCGAAUCAAGAUGGAGCUGCAACAGAAGGACCGGGCGCUGGUGGAGCUGCUACAGGAGAAGGUCGGGCUGUUUGCCGAGAUGACGCACUUCCAGGCCGAGGAGGAUGGCGGGAGCGGGAUGCCCCUGCCCACCCUGCCCAGGGGCCUCUUCCGCUCCGAGUCCCUUGAGUCCCCUCGGGGUGAGCGGCUGCUGCAGGAUGCCAUCCGAGAGGUGGAGGGCCUGAAGGACCUGCUCGUGGGGCCUGGAGUGGAGCAGCUCUGGACGCCUCGGGAACCCACCCUGCCCUUGGAACCAGACAGCGGUGGUAACACGAGCCCUGGGGUCACUGCCAACGGUGAGGCCAGAACCUUCAACGGCUCCAUUGAGCUCUGCAGAGCCGACUCGGACUCCAGCCAGAAGGAUCGAAAUGGAAACCAGCUGAGAGCUCCGCAGGAGGAGGUGUUACAGCGACUGGUCAACCUCUAUGGACUCCUGCAUGGCCUCCAGGCGGCUGUGGCUCAGCAAGACACCCUGAUGGAAGCCCGGUUCCCCGAGGGCCCCGAGCGGCGGGAGAAGCUGUCCCGAGCCAACUCGCGGGAUGGGGACGCCGGCAGGGCCGGGGCUGGCCCUGUGGCUCCUGAGAAGCAGGCCACGGAACUGGCGCUGCUGCAGCGGCAGCACGCAUUGCUGCAGGAGGAGCUGCGGCGCUGCCGGCGCCUGGGGGAGGAGCGGGCGACCGAGGCUGGCAGCCUAGAAGCCCGGCUCCGCGAGAGCGAGCAGGCCCGGGCCCUGCUGGAGCGGGAGGCCGAGGAGGCCCGCAGGCAGCUGGCCGCUCUGGGCCACACGGAGCCGCUCCCGGCGGAGGCGCCCUGGGCCCGCAGGCCCGUGGAUCCCCGGCGGCGCAGCCUCCCUGCGGGAGACGCCCUGUACUUGAGCUUCACCCCACCGCAGCCCAGCCGAGGCCACGACCGCCUGGACCUGCCCGUGACUAUCCGCUCCGUACAUCGACCCUUUGAGGACCGAGAGAGGCAGGAGCUAGGUAGCCCCGAGGAGCGGCUGCAGGACAGCAGUGACGCGGACACCGGCAGCGAGGAAGAAGGAAGCAGCCGGCUGUCUCCGCCCCACAGUCCCCGAGACUUCACCCGAAUGCAGGACAUCCCGGAGGAGACGGAGAGCCGCGACGGGGAGCCUAUAGCUUCUGAGAGCUAAGGACGCCCUCCCCGCUGCGGACUGCCGGGGGCCACACUCGGGGACUCCACUCUGCCAGUGACGAGGGAACAUUGCAAAGAACUGUUGACUGUCCUUGCCAGCUUCCGGGGUCCUUGGAUACCUGGGGCCAUUUAGGAAGCCGGGAGUGGGGGGGAUAUGAGGCCACGAUCCCCCAGGGGGCAUCCGGAAGCUAUACCACAGAUGCCAACUUUUCAUGCCUUUCUUCCCUCUACUUUAGGAAAAUUUAUUUAUUUAUUGUUUAUUAGUUAUUGGGGGGGAGAGGGGAAAUUUAAAGGACCAGGGACAUGGGAACCAAGCCAUAGGGGUCGGGGGCCUUGUCCUUUAACACUACCGGGGUGAAACCAGGCUUAACCACGCCGCACGCCCCACCCGCCUCCCCCGUCUGAGGAGGGGUGCAGCUGCAGGACCCUGCGGCCCCCUCAGGGGGCUCCGGGUGGGGCCGUGGUCUGCUCCCUUUCCCUCUCCCCACAACCUCAUACUGCUGACCCCCCUCUCCCCGCCCCCCGCGGAAGUCCCAGGGAGACCCUCCGGCUUCCUGGAGCCCGUGGACUAGAGACUGGGUGGCCCUCGUGGUUUGUGGGGUGGGGGGAGGGAAACCCACAGGGACCAGAAUGUUUGUUGUUCUGUUCUGUUCUUUUUUUUGUACCAAAGCCGGCUGCACGUGUUCUAUAUUUUUAAGAAAAGAAUGUAGGCAAUUAGGGACUGUAGCCUUCCACCUCCACAUCUGUGAACCCGGGGAGGGGGUACACAGUGACUGCUCCCCGCGCCUGCAGCAAUGGGCACCCAUCUGACCUCUCCCCCAGCCUCCUGGGAAAAAGUUCAAGGUGGGGUUGGGGAAUCGCCACGAACCCUUGGCCUCAUCUCCCACCUCAGCAACCGUGCCCUGAAACCUCAGCGUGAAUUUGGGGUUUUCUCAUCAGACCCCAGUGCCCACCAGCUCCAGUCAUUUUUCUGCCAAUUUGAUUGUUAAGGAAAAAAAAAUCAGGGAAAAUUAAAGACCUGGAACCCCA